UAUUCUUUGGUCAUGUCAUGAUCCAUUUAACGUUGAUAAAGUAAAUAACAUUAUUUCACAGCCAAGUUAUAGGUAGAAAUUCUAUUGUUGAGCCUAUAAAAAGAAUAAGAUAAGUAUUUGUUGAUUUGGCACUAAACAUGUAAUCUUAGAGCAUUUCAUUAUAAGAAAAGGUAUUUUUCAAAGGUGUUAUGGGAUAUACCAGUCAUGCAAUACUUUUGUAUAUUUAUUGUUUUUAUCGUCUUUCAUGAAAGUCAUUCAUCCAUUUUUAAUAAAACUGAUUCAAUUUCACUGCAUAAAUCAAGUGCGCCAGAACAGAAAGUAUGGAACAUAAAACUUGAUAUUUAUUUCGCUAAAACACUUCCUUCUGUUUUACAAAAGUUACUCGGCACCGAUGCUCGCUUUAAAUGUGAAGCGAUAAUGAAUUUUACUAAAGUUGAAAAAUUUACUAAAAACAGGGAGGGUGUAGAAACAUCUUUAAAAGAAUUUCCUCCAGACCAUAUUCAACAAACUUUAAUGAAAAAUGUUAAAGUAUAUUGGCUGAAAGAUAAUAAGGCAUUGUCAGAUAAUACAAGGACAAAAAUUCAAACUAAAAUUGAUAAAACCAAUGGAACUAUUGGUACAAAUCUUAGAUUAAAAAAUUUAACUAUGGAUGAUGCUGGAAUUUAUACUUGUGUUAUUAAACAAAAUUAUGAGAAAAAGUUAUCUACAAGGCUUACUAUUGAGAAAGAUAUUGAAAAGUUUGAUAAUAACAAUUUAUCAACUAAUUCAGCAGGAUUUCCAACUACAGGCAGUGAUAAUGAGAUAGUUGUGGAAAUUAGAACAACUCCCAAUUUAAUAUCUGAAGACAUGACAGCUGAAAUAAAUAAAACUAAAUCUAAUAAUGUUACUACUCCGAGAAAGUUAGAGCCGAUAUGUCAAGAAUAUAUAGGGAAUGUCUGUAGUUCUCAUUUGAAGGGACAGUUUGUCUAUAUUCCUUAUAACAUAUCGCAAAGUUCCCUUGAAAAUAAACUUAUGAAAGCUUUUCAAGUGACGAAAUAUUCAAAUGAUAUAAGUUCCAAUUGUGAAAACUUUGCUCUUCCCAGUCUUUGCUACUCCACUUUUCCAAUAUGUCGAAAUCCGAUUAUAACUAAUGAAAACUUUUUAAAAGAAGUGAAAAAAAUUAUAAUAAAAUCCUUGGCAAGCAAUAAACAACAAUUGGAAAACCCAGAAACUCAAGGUUUACCCAAAUCAGUUUAUGAUUCUGGAUCUGAUUACUUACCUUUACCGAUCAAUCUGAAAAAUGUUUCAGAAAAUAUAUUUAAUUAUCGCUAUAAUUCUACAAUACUGCGACGUGUGUGUAAACAAGAUUGUGAAAUAUUAGAAAAUGAACUUUGUCAAACUGAAUAUGCAAUUGCAAAAAGACAUCCCCAUAUUGGGCAACAAUUAACAUUAGAAGAAUGUCAGGACUUACCAGAGGACGAUCCAGAUUGUCUAAAAAUUGGUAUUGGUACACUAAUGGUUUCUGAUGAUGAAUGUUAUUGGGAAAAUGGAAGUGGAUAUCUAGGUAGGGUUAGUGUAGCAAGCACUGGUAUGCCGUGUAUUGAAUGGUCUAAGCAGCUGUAUCUAAAAGUUUCAGACUACCCCGAAUUAGCUGGUAGGCAUAGCUAUUGUAGAAACCCUGGUGGAAUAAAAACUCAGCCCUGGUGUUUUGUAGAUAAUGAUGGAAAAACAGACCAGUUAUGUGAUAUUCCAAAAUGUGCUCACAAAAUCUGGAUUUACAUUGUUGUGAUAUUCUUUAUUUUGUUGCUGUUAGUUGUUGGGUUCAUAGUUUGUCUCUUUUAUAGACACAAAAAUAAAGGUAAUGCUGCUACAAUUAGAGAUAUCAAUCUUCCCAAUGCUGAUAAAAAUAUAUAUGGAAAUUCAAGAUUGAAUUCACCUAUAGAAAUGAAUGAGCUAUUAACAAAUCAAAACAGUGGCAGUCAGCCACAUUUGACUACUUCAACUCGUGGAAAUGGUAUUCUAAGAAUUCCCCAAUACUCAUUAUCUCAGAUCAAAUUUUUGGAAGAGUUAGGUGAAGGUGCCUUUGGCAAAGUGUAUAAGGGAGCAUUAAAAAAGAAUGGUGAAACUCAAUAUGUUGCUGUUAAAGCUUUAAAAGAAAAUGCAUCAGCUAAAACAAAAGCUGAUUUUAGGAGGGAAAUAGAUUUGAUAUCAGAAUUAACACAUGAAAAUAUAGUAUGCAUUGUAGGCGUAGCUCUCAGAGAAGAACCAUUGUGUAUGCUGUUUGAGUUUAUGGCCCGCGGUGACCUGCAUGAGUUUUUAAUGGGUCGUGCUCCACCUUCAGGCAAGGGCUUGCCUUCAAUGAGAUUACUAAACAUAGCUUAUAAUAUUGCAUCUGGUAUGCAAUAUCUUGCCUCACAUCAUUAUGUGCACAGAGAUUUAGCAGCUAGAAAUUGUCUUGUAUCUGAUGAUUUUGUAGUAAAAAUAUCUGAUUUUGGACUAUCACGAGAUAUUUAUAGCUCAGAUUAUUAUAGAGUUCAAUCAAAAAGUCUACUACCUGUAAGAUGGAUGCCUCCUGAAUCAAUACUUUACGGUAAAUUUACAACAGAAAGUGAUAUUUGGUCAUAUGGAGUUGUAUUAUGGGAAAUUUAUAGUUAUGGCUUGCAACCUUACUACGGAUACAGCAAUCAAGAGGUUAUAUCUAUGGUGCGUGCUGGUGAGCUUCUUGCUGCACCAUCAGGAUGCCCGACAGCCAUGUAUGCUUUGAUGAUGGAAUGCUGGAAACACACACCCCAGAGGCGGCCUAAUUUUGAAGAAAUUGUUAUUAGAUUGCAGGAAUGGAUUGAAAUCGGUGGGUGUCCAGACGCCGCCCUGUCGGAGUCAGGCAGCUGUGCACACAGGCCCACCACAUCCAGUAGAGAGUUACAAGAGCGGGUUCCGCUCCUGCAACCGCACUGUUCCUCCUCAAAUGGCUCCCUUGCUACCGGUAGUCUGAAAAAAUUUAGUGCAGCUAGUUCCAGUUCCAAGGUAACUGAUGAUAAUUUUUCCACACGCAGUGAGGUACCGCCCCUCGCACCCAAAACCAAGAAGUACAGUUCGGGCUCACUCAUCGACACAGAUAAAAUCGGUACCAAGGACACCGUUGUUAGAAUACCUAACAAUCAUUACGGCAACGAAAUAUAGCCCACGCUCAUUAGAUAUUUAAUAAGCAUUAUGAUAAUUAAUAAGCAUUUGUUAAGCUUAAAGUUUGCUCUACUCAGUGAGUUUUAAUAUAGUUCUAAGUAAAUUAUUAGCACUGUUUAGAAUAAGUAAAUCCUUAAUAGUUAUUGUUGGCUAUGCACACUCCGCCUUAUUAUUUAUUGAAAGACAGCACAUUUUAUUUAUUAGCAGAAAUAUCAGUGUUAUUUUAAUGAUAAGCUCAAGAGUGUUUGGAAAGUUGUAAAUAUUUGCUAAGUAUUAAAAAGCUAAAAUUUUGAAA